AUGUCCUGCGACGACCUUCCACUCAUGCAUUCCCUCCUGGCUGCCGCGGACGACGAUACGGCUAAUCACCUGAAAACCCACUUAGCCCCCGAUCUCCGCCGAGUCUUCAAACACCCGGCGGGACUCAGGACGGCCCGCUUCAUUGUGACAUCGUAUCUUCGGGCCUCGCAGAACCACGACCGGGACAUCGCAAACAGCCCCUUCUCCCCCGUCUCCCCGCCGACUUUCGACUCGAGCCCAGAAGUAGCCAGUCUGUUGGACGAGAUAUUGGCCUUCAGUGAGGCGGAAAACAUGGCGUUGGGGCUGGAAGAUGGGAAUGGCGGUGGUCAUGGCAGUGGCAAUAGGGGUCGAGACCUUACAGCAGAAGAAGCCUCACCUUCCGUCGCCACAAACGCCCCGAAUGAUUUCUAUGCUGCCAACCCCACUCAACCAUUUUUGGAAAAAGAUCUCAUGCAGCGUAUACAACACUAUCAAGACCAUCGGUUGCCUACAAUAUACGACUUGGCCCGAAUGGAGUUAACAUACCGCAGUUCGACGGGCUCUUCCGUACACGGUACAACGUCGCCUUACAACGUCGAAUCGCCUUCCGACCGCUCCGUUGCUCCAUCUAUGUCACGCCAACCAAGCUCCACGUUGGUGAAUGGCUCCAGCCUCCCUAAUCAUGAGAGCGAACCUCUGCAGCUCGAUCGAUCUUCUCCACAUGGCUCCAGAUUCGUGAGUGGACAAGCGCCGGCAUAUAUCCAACCCAAGCUACCAAACGGGGGAGGAAUUUCUACGCAAACCAACUCUCACCCGUCCUCUUAUCAAGAAAUACAACCUCGCAACUCCUCGACUGGGCUCCAGGGCCACACUGUGAGCAACCAACUAUCAAAAAUGGAGAAAUUUCUCCCCGUCAACAAGGCCCCAAACAAUGCCAUGACUGCGAAGAAAGACCCCCUGCAGCUGCAGGUAAACCGACCAGCGAACAACAAAGUCGUAUCUGGCUUCUCCCCUCAAUGCGUCGCAAUCACAAGCGAUUCGCGAGAUCGACUCAUCAGCCCUCGCCCUAGCACCGAUCACCCUCUCUUCAUCGACCAAACCGGGACCACCGUUAUGCAAGUCACCAAUGCGAAGAAGAGGAAACCAACAACUCUCGGAGUACCCCGCGAGAAGAAGCAGAAGACCGACAAAGCCGCAGGCAGGUUCAAGAGAGUGACCAAGGGGAAGGAGGAGAAGAAGAUACCUGUAAGUACGCCCUGGCAAUUAGACAACAGACAGAGUCUAACUCUCACCCAGGCCGCCCAUAGGCUCUGCCCUGAUCUUUGGCUUCGAAUUAUCGAGUUCAGUCCGCCGUCUUUCCUCAAGAAAGUACGUCUACUGAAUAAGACAUUCAAGGACAUGGUCGACGGGUACGACUCCGUAUACGUCAAUCAGCGAAUGGAGAACUUCGGGGCAGACUUCCCAAUCGCUCAGGCCAUGGGUUUGACGGAGAGACAAUACACUAAUCUGCUUGGGGGCAAGGGUUGUUUGGAUUGUGACGACAAGAAGGCCUCGAGAACCCACUGGUCGUGGGCGAAGAGAUGGUGUACCGACUGCUGGAGAGUCAAGAUCGAGCGGGAAGAUCGGCUCCUGAAGUCUCGCCUGAACGAACUUCCACAACGCCAGACUCUCGUCAAGCUCCUGGAGUGUAUCCCCGCGGGCAUGCACGACUCCUUCAUGAAGGCCCAUGACUACAUUGAGGACCUUGAGUCGCGCCCUUCUACCGCACCAAAAAUUUACAAAUAUUACCUGAAGGCCGAAGUUGACAAGAUUAUAGAAGAGUAUCAGUCCUUCAAAAUUGAACCAUUCAAGGACGACCCAACGAAGAGCGCCGCCGAAAAUGCUACAGCCAGAACAGCGCACCAGCAAGCCGAGGCGGAGGCGGUCGCAAAGCAGACAGCCUUCCUUGAUGAGAGAAAGGAACAGAAUGACCAGCAUAUGCAGAGGGUGUUGAAGAUCGAAGGAGCGAUCCGGCUCAAGAGACAAGGAGAUGCGCAACCUUACAACGAGAACCGAUCCGCACGCCGAGCUCUGUUCAUUAGACGUGCUAAGGAAGACAUCCCCCACAUUCCAACGUCCUUUGUCGUUGGGGCGAAGGCUUUCAAGGCUGCAACUCGCAUUUUCAGAGACCCGGGUACCGAGAGGGGCUGGCGGACUCUGAAGCCCAAGAUCCAGCAGGAAUGGGAUGACGGUGCUGAGAAACGCCGGCAAGCAGAGGAGGAUGCCCGUAUUCAGGAGGCCCGUAACCAGGAGGCCCGUAUGCUGGAGGCCCGUAUCCAGAAGGCCCGUAUCCAGGAUGCCGAGAAUGAUGAUAGCAGUCGCAUUGAUCAGCCACAGGGCGGUACUUCUCGAAUGAGCUGUGUGCAACAAACGGAUAGGCAGCCCGAGAGGCAACCCUCAAACACCCAGCAACACCACUUUGGAGCACUAGUUCAAUCGCGUACCAGCCAGUUCUUCAGCCAACAACAACAACGGAUGGAAGUCAACAUGCGAGCCAGGUUGCAGGAUCACAUUCACGCUGUUGACUACGGCACCUUCGAUCAUCCUUACGGUGGUAACAGUGAUGGCUUCCCCGGGAUGAACAACGGAGGAUCAGGAUCAGGUCUUCAGUCCGACUACACCAACACCAUGUUCUACACCACCCCGUCGCACUACCAAACCCAAUAUCAGCUGCCAGAUCCCUACAAUUACCUCAACAGCGGCGUUUCUCAGAUGUCUUCGGGUUUCGGCCACUCAUUCCAAGGACCCUUCGUCCAGCACCAACAGAUUCCGAAUAUCUGUAACUUCAAUUACGCUGGUCCCUCUUCUCGGCAGCACUCGCAGGAUGGCAAAAUCCCCAUCGGCUCCCUGCUCUCCAAUCCUGCUCCCAGUGCUAGCCACCACUUCGGUGGUUUCCAAUGA